UUGAGAACGGAGAAAGGAUUAAAUUUGGGUUAAAAAAGGACUGAAACAGUGAUAAGAAAAUGUCCCUGGUGUUAUCUGAAGUGGAGGCACUGGUGCAGCGGUAUGUGCCGGAAUUCAUCAAAUUACUGACCGGCUUCGAGGAGACGGAGGAGAACUUCACGCUCUGCCAGCAGUUCAUGAUGGGUAUAAUCCGGAAUCACACCUUCCUUUCGGUAAACAGUCACGAAAUUAGGCGGAAGAUGGAGGAUGUCAUAGAAAAUAUGGAAUUGACAAAUUUCGUCACGGAGGCCACAAAUUUACGACGGUGCUACGAGGAGUUGAUCACCGAUCCGGACUGCAUGGAACACUACGUACACGAGAUCCACUGGUCCAUCCUUUUGUUUCUCAUCACGGUGGCCUAUAAUCCGGUGGGAGCGCUAAAAGAGCGGCGACAGACCGGACGUGCCAUUGAACUCUUUCAACCAGAACCCAUCCGACCGCGUCUGCCCGACAAGGAGAAGGAUGAUUUAAUAGCUGACUUGCUGAAAGACAACGUUUCGGUUCAAUUGUCGCUCCAGAAUUCAGACCUAAGCGACUGGAGUGAUCUAGAGGACGAUGAGAAUGUUCCGACAACCGCUGGCGAGCAAAAGGAAUCGGACUUUGAAUUGAUAGAGCAUGGGCAAGUACCGGAUGACCGAUGUAUUGAACAGAGAGAAGUUUAUGGCCCAAUUGCACCGCCUCAACGAGAAGAUAAUUACCAUCUGUUUGAUCAGGAGAAUGCGCUGGAUUGGCUAGAAGAAAACGUUCAAAUGAGCUGGUGGCAGGAUUCUCAGUUCAAAGUGAACAUCCUGAGUGACCACAGAGGUGCCUCGUUUUGUGAUUUCUGGUCGGAAUGUGUGGCAAAAGCUUCUCAUGGAUUUCUAAAAUCCGAUCCCGUUUCGACCGUAUCGGAAAGCUGCGUUCUGAGGGAGAUACUGUGGAUGUUUACUGCCCCGGUCGAUUGCAAACUGUUUCGAAUUGAUGAUGAUCAAAUAUGGAUCAAUUCCAACGUUUCGCUGGCUAGCACCACUGAGCAUGGCAUUCAAACUUUUCUUCUCAACUUCACCGAGUUCAUGACGAUUGCCUAUCGAUUGCGGAAUUUCUGUAGCAGCGUUUUGGAUACUUCGGGAAAAUCGAUACCUGCACCUCACUCGUUUGAGUGCUACGCAGCGGGAGUGAAAAGCUUCCUAACGAACAUGGAAACGGUGAUGAUAGCGAAGGAAAUGGAGCUAAUACGUCAAGAGCCGGGCAAAACGGACACAAUCAUCUCACUGUUUCAUGAGCUAGAACCAGAGCUGCUUGUGCUCAAGAAACUGUACGACAUCCACCGGUUCUCGGUGCUCGAUUGGACGAAAUAUCCGGCCCACAUUGCGGUAGCCCAUCUGCUUUCGGGAUUAUUCCGUAGUGUUAAAUUGAGUGCCAACUUGGAGAAGGGCAAUCUGGCUUUCGCACUGCUACUGGCGGCCUUGAAAUGCUACAUGAAUAUGAUCGACAUCUGGUGGACAGAGGGAAGGCUCGAUGAUUGGCGAGACGAGUUUUUAGUAGAAAGACAAUAUACGGAUCCGCCACACAUUGGCGUGCUGACCGGUUACCAGGCGAGAUUGUUCUCCAAGUGCAAGCAACGUUGCUUCUACGUUAGCUCAGCCAUCUCGGAAGUGAUAGAGAACGAUCCAAUUAUCAAGCUAUUACUGCAUCAUUCCCUGGAAGCUGGUUACACUUUGAAUAUUUUGAAUGGCUUAGAUAGGAUAAGCGAUAUGCGCAGGGCGCACGAGUCGGAGGAUGAAAAUUUGGUUUAUUUAAGCUUUUUGGGAUCCAUCGUAGAAGAGCUGGAGAAAUUUCGGACGGAGGAGGCAUCGGCGGAUCAAGUAGACAUUACACAAACGGAAGGAAAUGCAGCCAUGCUAAUGGAUAAACAAGAAGGACACAAGGUACAGCGACUAACUAAAGAAAUUCAAGAAAUCUGCAACGACGAUUUGCUCCUUAUGGCUCUAAAAAGUACACUAAACUUGGUCAGUGAAUACACGGAGCCACAAUCCUCACCAGAGUUGAUCGCUAAACCGGAGCGAGAGCUUACGAAUGCUCACACACUGUACGAGAUACUUAAUGAAAUCUCAACACUACCGCUCCCGUUGGAGCACGUGCUGUUUGAUGCGAUAAAAACGCUGAUGGAAACCAAGCGACAAGCCGCUAACCACUACGUUACCUACAUCUACAAAGAUGAGUUUCAUGUGAUGGAUCAUUUGAGGAACAUACGGAAGGUACUGCUCCUGGAAGCUAGCGAUCUGAUGGAUUACUUUUACAGCGAUCUGUUUCGAAGAAUCGAAGCCGGAGAAAGCUGGGCCAAUCCGUACUUGCUUACGACCCAGUUAAGCGAUAUUCUCGCCUCACGCUACAACGAUAUGAUGUCGCUGUUUACUGUAGAGAUCGAUCGUUCAGUCGGACACAGGCUAGAACACCCGACAGUGCUGCAGGCGAUCGAUGCGAUACGAGUACUGUACAUUCCCGGUCACGAUUUGACCAACAUGAUCAACGACGAUACGCUGGCCAGCUAUAACAGCGUGUUUCGGUUUCUGUUGAAGGUGAAGUGGGCUCUGGGAACGUUAGAAAUGUUACGGUUUCCGUGGUCCCAGAAACGAAGGCCACCUUAUGCGAUCUUCGGCAUGAUGGAUCUGAUACUGAAGCGAUUGGCAAUGCUGAAGUUUUGGAUGAUAUUUUCCCUUCAGUGCGUCCACUCACACCUCAUGACGCACGUGUUGCAAUCGCACGGUGAGCAGCUCGAUGCGAAACUUGACCGUGCUGACAAUCUCAGUGAUAUGAUAACGGCGCAUCAGAUGUACAUAAGUACCAUCUUUGAGCAUUGCUUUCAACAGGAGGACAGUAGGGAGGUGCUGGAAGGAAUUAAGCAAAUGUUGGAGCUGGUGUCGAUCCUGCGCGAUGAGUGGCAAACCACAACCAACUUUACGGAGUUGGACGCUCGUGGCGAAAUAACGGAUAACAGUAUGAUUGGUGAUUUUGUGUCUCGUUGCCAAAUCGAUGAACUGGAGCGCACAUACUGUAAGUGUCACCAGGAGUUGGCCAGAUUACUCAGUCGGGAGGCCUACGGCAAGCAAAAACUACAUCUGACCGGUCUGGCCGAUGCGUUUAGCUACAAUGCACCGUACUGAAGCACCACAUUCGCACACACCUAAUACUGCAAGCUACGUUUUGUGCCGAUGUCGUCCAGUAUCUGUUGCAGCUCGUCGUCCUCGAAGCGACCCUCAAGG